AGGGUGCUGAGGAAGAACAUCAUCACCCAGAGACUGCACUGAGGGUGCUGAGGAAGAACAUCAUCACCCAGAGACUGCACUGAGGGUGCUGAGGAAGAACAUCAUCACCCAGAGACUGCACUGAGGGUGCUGAGGAAGAAGAACACCAUCACCCAGAGACUGCACUGAGGGUGCUGAGGAAGAAGAACAUCAUCACCCAGAGACUGCACUGAGGGUGCUGAGGAAGAACAUCAUCACCCAGAGACUGCACUGAGGGUGCUGAGGAAGAACACUUUUAUCAGUGCUCCAUAGAGAGCUUACUAACAUACUGUAUAUGUGUGUGUGGUACACCAGCUGCACAGCGGCUCAGAAGAUCGUCACUGCACAGCUCCCGAUGUCUCAAAAAUGGAUGUCUUAAUGGACUACUUUCUGAGUGUACACGCACAAACACACACACUCACACGCACAAACACACACUCACACGCACAAACACACACACACGCACAUACACACACACACACACUCUCACAAAACACGCAUGCACCACCUGUCGCAUCUGUCCUCUCUUUAAUUAGUCACAUUCACAGUGACAGUGUCUCCGACACAGAAGAACAACACACACACACACACACACACACACACACACACAAUUUUCCUAAUGACCACAAUCACCUGUUAUUGUCCUGAUGAAUCCAGACUCUGGAGGAAAUCAGCUGCAGUAAUUACAUUAUUUGAUGGAACAUGAGAUAAACAGCUAUAUAAGAGACAGAGGCAGCAGCAGAGAGACACACAAAGCUCAAGAUCUCUUUCCGUCUCUCUCUCUCUCUCUCUGAUACUCACUGAUGUGUAAGGGUCUCUCUACCCUCCCCUCAUCAUGCCUGGAGAAGGCAAAAGAGAUGAAGGUGAAGCUGACACACCUGGCUGAGAAACCACACAAACACAGAGCCCAUGAGGAAAAAACUCUUCCUGAUCUCGAAUCUCUGCUGCAAAGCAAAGCGGGUCAGCAGGUCUUCCGCUGGUUCCUGCGCUCUGAAUUCAGCGAGGAGAACCUGGACUUCUGGCUGGCCUGUGAGGAAUACAAGACCAUGCCGGAGACCAAACUGUCCUCUAAAGCCCAGAUCAUCUACACUCAGUUCAUCAACGCUGAAGCUCCACAGGAGGUGAAUCUGGACUGUGAGACGCGCGAGGUGCUGAUGGACAGGAUGGACACACCGGCUGCCGACACGUUCGUCGAAGCCCAGCAGCGCAUCUUUACCCUGAUGGCCAAAGACUCGUUCCCUCGCUUCCUACACUCGUCUUACUAUAAGCAAACAGUCCGAGGGGCGUGAGCUGUGACCCCACACUCGCUCCGGCGUUUCUGCCACGUCCGCAUAAUGUUAAAAAAAAACAUGCUAGCAAUAAAACAAGAGUGUUGACGUAGAUAUUAGUUUACUUCAGCUAUGUCUCAAAUCGUUUACUUUAAAAAAAAAAACCAAGAUCAGAUCCUAGAAGAUUUAUGUUUCCUUCUCGCAUCCUGCUACAUGACGUGGAAGAGGUGAAGCCAUUGACGGAAAUCCCGACGGCCAUUUCGAGUUGUAGAAUACGCGCUGGUUCCUGUGGAUGUCGCUAAUUUACAAAAAUAUGGCUAGGUAGUUUUGUAAUACUGCAAUAAAAGCUUCUUGACUUGACUUGAAGUCAGCUUAGGAACUAAGUGCAUGGUGUGUGUGUGUGUGUGAGAUUCGAGACGUAGCCGCGUAGUAGCGGUUAGCAUACAUGUGUAUUUUCUCUGUGUAAGUCACGAUGUUAGCAUAAACGUCACAAAACAUAGGGAAAUAAAUCUAUCUGAGAAACUGGACUUAUUGUGUGGAC